UUAUAUCAAUAUUAGGGGAAACCGCUUGGUCCUGAGCUCUGUCGCCCUCUCUAUCAUUCUCUGCGAUCUAAAGAAUCAACACUCUUAAUCGAAGCGUUCAGCAGCACGGAUCUGUCUCUCUUCUCUCCGAUCACUUAGGACCCGUGAGAGCUUUCUAUCGAUUUGCUCUUUAUCAAUUUUCAACUGGACAUCUCUCUCUCUCAAAAUCUUUUUCCUCUCUAGGGUUUCCAUAUACACGUUCCCUCCCCCAAUUGAAAAAAAAAAAAGAAAAAAAAAACUCAGGUUCUGCAAAUUAUUUUGAUUGACCUUGCUAUGACAAGUGAAUUAUGACGUCAAGUAUGUUGAAUGGAGAGAGAAGAUGGGCCUCUGCAAGAAGAAGUGGCAUGACUGUGUUGGGGAAAGUUGCUGUUCCCAAGCCUAUCAAUUUACCAAGCCAAAGGUUAGAAAAUCAUGGCCUGGACCCAAAUGUUGAAAUUGUUCCCAAGGGUACCCAUAGUUGGGGCAGUAGAUCAUCUUCUUCCGCAUCAAAUGCAUGGGGUUCUUCCUCUUUGUCUCCAAAUAAUGAUGGUGGAACUGGUUCACCAAGCCAUCUUAGUGGCCGCCCUUCAUCUGGUGGAAGUGGCACUCGACCAUCAACUGCGGGUAGUGACAAAGCUAAUGAACCUAUUGUUAAUGCAUGGGGUUCAAAUUCUAGGCCAUCAUCAUCUUCUGGAGCAUUGCCAUCAAAUCAGACAUCACAUGGAGCAUUGCGUCCUCGUAGUGCAGAAACAAGACCUGGUAGCUCACAAUUAUCGCGGUUUGCUGAACAUUUGUCUGAUAAUUCAGUGGCAUGGCAUGCAAUGGGAACAGCAGAUAAGUUGGGAGUAACAUCCUCUAAGAACGAUGGGUUUUCUCUGACUUCUGGAGAUUUUCCAACACUUGGAUCAGAAAAGGACAAUUCCGGAAAGAAUGCAGAUUCUCAAGAUCAUGAUUCUCAUGGUCAUCCAGGCUCAUCUUCUGCUAGUGUAACAUCCAGGAAGGAGGGGACUGGGGAUUCUGCAGGUGAUGUUUCUGUGCAUGCGAAUGUGAAGAGUGGAGCUGAUGGCCCCUGGAGAAGAGAGAAUUCUCUGUAUGGUGAAGAUGUAGCCAGGACCAAUGUGGAGAAGUGGUAUACUGAUCACCAACCAUAUCCUAAUUCUAGUAUUCCCCCUCAGCAUUAUGAUUCUUGGCAUGGUCCUCCCGUAAAUAAUCAUCCAGGUGGGGUAUGGUGUAGAGGACCUCCGGGAGGUCCACCAUUUGGGUCUCCAGUUGCACCUAGUGGCUUUCCCAUGGAACCAUUUCCUUACUACCGACCACAGAUUCCCCCUCCUGCUCUUGCCAAUCCACAGCCAGUUCCUCCACCAGGAGCUGCGCCUAGAGGCCCCCACCCAAAAAAUGGGGACAUGUACCGACCUCAUUUGCAUGAUGCUUAUAUGCGACCAAUUGUGCCUCUCAGGCCUAGUUUUUAUCCUGGACCAGUGCCUUGUGAGGGCUAUUAUGGUCCUCCCAUGGGCUACUGCAAUCCCAAUGAACGUGAUGUUCCGUUCAUGGGAAUGGCAAUGGGCCCUGCUGCAUAUAACAGGUAUCAUGGUCAAAAUAUUCCUGAUCCUGGCAAUUCUCAUGGCAGAACCAGUGGAUAUGGUCUGAGUAGUAAAGCAAUGGUUUUGGAUCAAGUGGAACCUGUUCAUCCUCAAGAUAUUCGAGGACCUUACAAAGUUCUUCUGAAGCAGCAUGAUGGCUGGGAGGGAAGAGAUGAAGAGCAGAAGUUUGAUGACACCAUGAAAACUAAUGCAUCAUAUCCUCUGAAGGGGGAGCAUACAAGAAAGUCAUCUUGGGAGAAUGACUGGAGGGCAGAUAACAGAAAGGAUCAUGAGUUGGAAGCAAGAAGAAUGGCAGUUAUUGAGGAAUCGUCUUCUGAGGCUGUUGACAAUCAAGGAGUUGUCCCUAUGAAAGUGAAGUCACCUGAAAGUAUGGGGAAAUUGAACGCAUCUUAUGACAAUUCAGUUAAGAAAUUUGAAGAUGCAGCUUCUAAUGUUCCUCAAGUAUUAGCAACUCCUAAAGAUUCCAGUCUGAUUCAAAAAAUAGAAGGUUUAAAUGCAAAAACCAGGGCUUCUGAUGGACGACAAGAUGUUAAACCUGUCUCUAGUGUGGAAGAGCAGAAGAAUAAAUUUCAAGUUGGUAAUGUCUUUACUGGUUGUUCUACAAAUGAGGCAGUUGUUGGUUCUUUAUCUUAUGAAAAGACUUGUGUCAGUGGAAUUAUCAAUUCUGCCCCACAUGAAGACUGCUUUUCUGCUGGAGUUAGGAGCCUCGAAUCAACAAUAGUGAGUGGAAGUGGAACAGCCAUCCCCAGGAGGUCCUCUCAUGGCAUGCAUGGUAGAGCUGAUCAUCGUGGUAAAGGAAGAUUUAAUACUCAAGAAGCUGAUGGGUGGCGGAAAAAAUCUCAAGUUGCAGAUCCACAAAGCAUUGUGUCAACUGUACAUUGUGAAAUUUCUUCUGUUAACGGGCAAGACCAUAAUUCAGCAGAGGCUACUCAGAAUUCUGUGAUGCAUCCUUCAGUGAAGGACGAUGGAGAAUCCAUGGCACCAAACUUUGAACCAAGUGACAGCCAGCGGGCUAAGAUGAGAGAGCUAGCCAAGAGAAUUAAACAGCGAGAGAAGGAAGAGGAAGAACGGACAAGAGAGCAGAGAGCCAAGGCUCGUGCAAAAUUGGAAGAGUUGAACAGGCGUACACAAGCAGGGGAAGGUGUAACUCAGAAGUUGGAAAAUGUUCCUGCCAUUUCUAUCCAGAAUAGGCAAGAAGAAUCCUUAAAUCUUGCCCAACCAACCAUAACUACAAGCAAAUCUGGAGCACCAAGUUCAUCUUUUGAUUACAACCCAAAUACUGUUGCACAGAGUAGGGAGAAGUUGGAAACUCUUCCUAGUGGUGUUGUCCAGAAUAGGCAUGAGGUAGCCGCUACUGCUGGGCCACCAAUUGUUGUUUCUAGCAAAUCUAGGGCAUCAAGUUCAGCUUCGGGAUCCAGCCCAAGUAUGGCUGUGCAUGGUGAAAUUAGCAUGAAUACUGUUGACAAAUCCAUCAGUAUGGCAAGCAAUGUGCCUCUUGAGACACCAAAGAUUGUAAACAAUGAAUCUGUUGGGGUGCAUGAGCAAUUGAAGCCAUUCCAACCAGAGAGUAAUAAUGCUGAUGCUGCUCACAGCAGUAGUGCACCACGGGUUAAUGACAGUGGUGCUUCUAAGCAGAAGCGUACAGGCAAUAGACAAAAGCAGAAUAGCCCCUUGGAAAAAAUUUCCAAUGAGAAAUUGAGUUCUUCCUUUGGAACUGAGGCAUCAAAAGGCCAUACUGAUAUGGUAGAGAAUGUUGCUGAUGAGAUUGAUUUGAACUGCGAGUUAAAUUUGCCUAGCAUCGCAGCUGAGUCUUCAGUACAUCAUAGAAGGAAGAACAGGAAUGGGAAGAACAGGCACAAAAUGGAGGCGGCGCUGUCUGCAGCAGUUUUACCAUCCGUGAUAUCAAAAGAUACAACAACUUUAGACACUUUGGUUGAAAGUGUUAAGGCAAAGAGUUCUGAGUCUAAGAUUUCUGAAUCUAUUUUGGAUCCUAGUGCAGUCUGUUCCCCAACUGAUGCAAAUGAUGCAAAUCAAUCUUCAGAGCUGCGCUCAUCAUUAACAAAUGAAGAAACCCACAUCAGAGUGAAUAAUCAGUGGAGAUCUCAGCAUCCUCGCAGGAUGCCGAGAAAUCCACAAAGUAAUAAAUCAGCUGAGAAAAACCACAGUGGUGAUGCUGUUGUAUGGGCUCCUGUGCGAUCACAACAUAAAACUGAGGUUUCUGAUGAAGCCAAUCAGAAUAGCUUAGUUGAGUCUGUUCUGUCCACAAAGAGUGAUCAACAGGUGCAGAAUAAUCCAAGAAACAAGAGAGCGGAAAUGGAGAGAUACAUUCCAAAGCAUGUAGCCAAAGAACUAUCUCAGCAAGGUGGCAGUCAUCAAGCAGUUGUUCCCUCAAGCAAUGAGAUUACAUCAUAUGAAACUGCUGAAAGGCCCGAGUCUGGUUCUUUGGGCAUUGAAAGUUCCCAAACCUAUGGUACAGCAACUGUGAUGUUUAGUGCUGCCAUGGAAUCCCGGAAUGGGGACGUCGGGCAGAACAAGUUGGGAAAAGUGCAUGGAGCAUGGCGUCAACGGGGUGCAGCUGAAUCAACUACUUCAAAUCUGAGUAGAAGUUUUCAGAAAUCAAUCGAGGAUCAUCAACAACAGAAACCAGAUGUAUGUUCCACGAAAGAGCAACCAAGGAAUUCUGAUGAAUGGAAUGAUUCUGAUGGAUGGAACAUGCCUGAAAAUCCUGAUACAGCAAGUACUGUUCCUGUUUUAAAAGAACAGGGGGUGACUGCCAGAGUAAAGCGGCAACCACACAAGGGUCACAAGGGCACAGGAUACAAUCACAAUCCUGAUGAGAAGAGAACUAGGGGGGAUGCUGAUAAAAUGUACAUACAAUCUGUGGUUUCUGAGAUACAUCAAAUAGACUUAUCUGUAGCUUCAAAAGAAAAUCAUUCGGCUGGGGAACGAUCAACGUCUCAGUGGCAGCCUAAAUCUCAGCCAAUUUCAGCCACUAGUCAACGAGGAAGCCGGAUCACUAAUAGCUUGAAUGAAGGCAGUGAAGGUGGUAGGGCUAUUAAGGAGUCUACUCAGCAUGGGGAGCCACUUUUACCUCAGCCAGAUAAGGAUGCUGCUGCAGUUAGGCCUCAGUCUCACCAUGGUCAGUCGCCGUCUGAAAAGAACAAUUUGGAAGAAGCUCCAGCUGUUGGGCAUCAAGAGCCUAAGAGAGAAAGGAAGAUAGCUGCACAGAGAGGACGUCCUGGUAGCCCUGUUGAAUCAUCAUCCCCUAAUAUGGACAUUCGGCACGACAAACGCAUGUCUUCAGGGUUCCGCAAAAAUGGAAAUCAGAAUAGCCGAUUUAGUAGAGACCAUGAAUCUCGUGGAGAUAGGAGUGGAUCUGGGAAAGAUAGCAAGCAACAUAAUGUACAUGCAGUCCGGGAGAGAGACAGACAUAAUUCACAUUACGAGUACCAUCCAGUUGGGCCCCACAACAGUGGCAAAGCAAACAACUUGGAAGUUCCCAAAGAUGUUUCCCAUAACUACUCUGGGACAGGGUAUAGAGAGAGGGGCCAGGGUCACUCGAGGCAUGGUGCGGGCAACUUUUAUGGACGGCAAACUGGCAGUGUUCAAGUAGAUGCUGGUCACGACUAAGGUGAAAUUCAGAGAGGGGUUUUUUGGUAGUGCCUAAAACCAGCUUCCAAAGAUAUUUGUGGCUCGAUCUCUAACACUUUCAGGGCUUGGAGUAUGCAGAGGGUGUCAAGGCCAAAAAAGAAAAUAUUGAAUUAUGGGAGUUGCUUGAUGUGGUUGAUUUCUUUUCAUUUUUUCUAAAUGUAUCUGAUCUGAUAGGGUUUUAAUUUGGUCACAGUAUGCAUGCUGUGGAACUCUCAAUGUGUUUUGAGCAGUGUAUUCAGUUAUCUUUAUUUCUUUGCUCUUAGUAUGGAACGCUAGAUAGAAUUUAGUGGAGAUGGGAGCUUUUCUGGUUCUCCUGUUUAAUUUCAACCUUCUCUUUUUUUUUU